AUGACCUCGGUGGGCAAGCGCGUCAAGGUGCUCAAGCGCAUCGCAGAGGCCAAGGAGGCUGCAAAGCCCGCCCCUGCUGCCACUCCUGCUGCCACUCCUGCUGCUGCUGCUGCUGCUACAAUCGGUACUAGUGCGUCUGCUCCAGCAGCAGGCGCGAACGAUGCGAAUGCAGUUGCAACGACGGCUGCUGCAGCUGACGCUACCGGCGCCAACCCCGUCCGCGCAUCGCACGUCUACGCCAUCCCGCAUGCCCAUGAGCACGGAACUGCUGCUCGAAAGCCAAGUGUCAGUGUUGGACCUGCUGCGACCGCCGCCGCCGCCACUGCCGCUGCCGCCGCCGCUUCUGCUUCGAGCGCUUCUUCCGCCUCGACCCCGCCGAUUGCCUCGGAGCACCCGGCAACCCCUACACCCCCGCCGGUGCGCGCCAAGUCGCCCUCGACGUCAUUGUCGACCGGGGGUUCCGCUCCCCCUUCCCCUUCUCUGACGGCGUCCGCCACGCCGCCGGAAGUGCCGCCCCCGCGCGGUACCGUCUCUGCUGCCGACAAGCCCGCAUUGCGGCCAGCCGUGCUGCCAAAGCCCAGCGCAGCCAAGACUGCGUCUCUUGGCGUGGCUGCGGGGCGAGCCGCAAUGGCCGGCCUGGCACAGGCAGCGCAAGAAGCCGUUGUCGCCGCCGCCGCCGCUGCCGCACCCAGUCUCCCCGAGCAACCCGAGCUGCCCGAGACAUCCGACACUGAAACGGGUGCCAACGUCAAUCCAGUGCCCAAGCCACCGCGCAAGCACACCCUGGGCAACACUGAACCCGCAGAAUCCAAAAGCCCUGCCGCCGAAGAGGCUGCCGCAGCUACACCCGCAGCCACGCCCACACCCACACCCGCACCCACACCCACACCCGCCAAAAAGGCCCCGUCGCGCUUUGGCAUUGCCAUGCCUGGCGCAGGCGAGCUGUUGCGACGCAAGAACACUGCCGAACCGGAGGAGGACGCCGCAGGCACCACCAAUUACGUUGAAGUCACCUCGGCGGCCAACCUUCCUGAAUGGCGGCAUGCGCAAGUCAAGGCAGGAAACACCGCUGCUCUGACGGAUGAAGAAGAGCCUCUCCCGGACGUUGCCAUUCCCGAAGCGUUGCCGAUUCUCCUCCCUGGCGGCAUGCCAAAGGUGCAGCGACCCGUCGUGUCCCCAGUAUCGCCGGCGCCCGCCCCGUUCACCGCAGUUCCGAUCGCGUCAUCGCCGCCUCCGACCGGCGAGGGCUCUUCGGGCUCGUAUGGCAGUGUCUCGAGUGGAAACGUACCAAAGCCUCGCAAGCCGCUGCGCGUCAACCUUGGCAGCAUACGCAAGCCCAAGGUCAAUGUUGCUGCGAACACUCUGCUCGAGCCACAAUUCUGCGGCUUCCUGACCAAGCGCGGUGACAGCGUCAAGAACUGGAAGAAGCGCUGGUGUGUGCUCAAGGACUUUUGCCUCUACUACUACAAGACACAAAACGCAGAGGAGGCCAUGGGCAAGAUUGUGCUCCCCAGCUACAAUAUCGGCCUCGCCCCAGAGCUCGGCAUCAACAAGCGGUGGGCGUUCAAGGUGUUCCACAACAACAUGCGCACGUACUAUUUCUGCGCAGACGACCAAGAGUCGCAAGAACAGUGGAUGGCGGCACUCAGCCUUGCUGUCAAAAUGCAAGUGGACGACUCUGCGCCGCGUGCUGUCGUGUACUCGUCUGGGCGACCCACCUUUAGCUCUGGGCCCGCCAGCAAGAGCGGCUCUACAAAUGAUCUCCUUGCCGCAACCAACGAAGCACCUGCCGUCGCCGACGACGUGUACGAGACGUUUGACGCGGAACUGCUGAGCGGCGAGGAGGCGGUCGAAGAGCAGAGCAGCGACGAUGAUGUCGACUCUCCCCCGCCGCUGCCCCCUCAGCGCCAGGCCAUGCAAGACUUUUCGCGCAGUGCCACCUCCUCCCGAUCCGAGUCAUCUGACAACUUGGUCGAAGCCCCGACUUAUGACGUUAUUCCCGAGCGCAAGCCAGCCCCGGCACCGACAGAGGACUACUUUGAGAUUGUCGCCGAAGACGACUCCAACUAUGAGGUUGCGUUGCCUAUCGGCCAAACCGCCGCGGCCGCCGCCGCCGCCGCCGCUGCCGCACCAAUACCAACCCCGCGCAAGGCUGCGCCGUUGCCACCCGGCGUCACCGCCCCAGCCUCGCCCUCGAUCAAUGCAUUCCGGAAGCUGCCGCCCCCACCAGCUGCCCCCAGCACCCAGACCUCGCCCAUGACUCCCGCAAACGUGCCUUCGAUGCCUCGUGUGCCACAAAAGCAGCCGCCCGUGCCUCCCACCGACUCGGCCCCUGUCGACAUUUCCGCCCUCCAAGCCGCCGGACUUAUUCGUGCCUCCAUCGCCCUUCCCUCCACCGAAUCCAUCCCAGAUCUCCGAAGGUCCAAGCUGCCCCCGGGCACAUUCGAGGCCAUUGCUCUCUACGACAACGAGGCCGAUGACGACGAAGAGUUGUCGUUCAACGUGGACGACAUUAUUCUCAUCACGCACUCUGACAAUCCCGACUGGUGGCAAGGGGAGCUCAACGGCCGUUCCGGCCAGGUUGUUGCUGCCUAUGUCAAGGCCCUCUAA